AUGAAAAAAUAUAAAAAUAAGGGGAGAACUUUAGAAUAUGAGGGACAGAAGCGUUUGAGUUCUGAUCUCUAUAUUAAAAAUGGUUCAUUAGAUGCUAAUGUAGAAAUGAUUUUGCCAGAUGAACAAAAGCAAAAAAAAAAGCUGAAAGACCAGAUGAUGUUUUCUUCCUCUAAAGAAAAGAUAUCAAGCAAAAAAAAAAAGCGUCUUAAUAAAUAUAUUGAAAAUAAGCUUAGAAAGUACGAGAAAAUGGAUCUUAUGUUAAAACUUAGUCAAUAUAAACAUACAUCUGGUAUGUUUUAUAGCUCAAAAAAUAUGGAAAGAAAAAAGAAAAAGAAGAAAUAUGAAAAUAGAGAGCUUCCAGAUAUUGGAAGUAUGCUUUUUAUGUCAAAAAAAUCUCCAGAUUGUUCCUCAAAACAAGAUUUAUAUUCGUUAAAAAAUGAAUUAGUUGAUCCUUUAAUAAAUGAUUCAAAACAAACAAAAGAAACUCAGGAUGUAAUUCCAAAUGGAACAUCAAUGAAGAGAAAUGCAGAACUUGCAUGUGUUUCAUUUUCUAUAUUGGAGAAAAAGAAGAAACAAAAAAAACAAAACAAUUGGAGAGAAAUGGUAGCGCUUCGUAAAGGAGAAGGGUUUCAUCAGUUAGAAGAUAUAAGAGGAAGCAUUACUGAUCAAUCUAUGGAUGAAGAUACUGAAGAAUUGCCCUUAAAUGAUAAGGAAAUGGUUGAGGAUGAUGUACAAUCAACUUUUUCAUCAAAAAGUGAAGAAAGCAGUGUAAAUAGAAAUAUUCAAAGUGAUAAUGACUCAUCCACAAAUGAAUCAUUGUCAUUUGAUGUUACAGAUGUUUCUGAAAAAGCAAAAGGAUUUAAUGAAUGGGCAAAAAAACAAAUGGAAAUGAUUGAAAAAAUAAAUGAUAGUCCAACAAAUAUUGAUGGUUUAAAAAAAGAUAAGAAUGCUUUCAAAACGUUUAUUCCAAGAGAUCCAUUUAGAGAUUUAUCUCCUCCUCCUGAAAAUAUAUCAUCAAAUCUGGAUUUUAAAAGAAAGGUUUUCUAUGUUAAUAUAAAACGAAAUGAAGAUGUUGAAAAAAUUCGCUCAAAUCUUCCAAUUAUUCUAGAAGAACAGCAAAUUAUGGAGGCAAUAUUUAACAAUCUUUGUGUUGUAAUAUGUGGAGAAACAGGUUCUGGAAAGACUACACAAAUUCCACAAUUUCUUUUUGAAGCUGGAUUUGGUAAUGAUCAAAGUGAUACUCCUGGAAUGAUUGGAGUUACACAACCAAGGCGUGUCGCUGCUAUUAGUAUGGCUAAUAGAGUUGCAUAUGAGUUAGGAGAACUAGGGGAAAAGGUAGCAUAUCAGGUUAGGUUUGAUACAAAUAUAAAAUGUUCUACUGCUAUAAAAUUUAUGACUGAUGGUAUACUUCUUCAUGAACUUUCCUCCGAUUUUCUUCUUAGAAAAUAUUCUGUAAUUAUUAUUGAUGAAGCACAUGAAAGAACAAUUAAUACUGAUAUUCUUAUUGGAGUAUUAAGUAGAGUAUUAAAAUUAAGGAAAGAAAUGAGUAUGGAGGAAAAUUCUAACGUCAAGUCUUUGAAAUUGAUUAUUAUGUCUGCUACUCUUAGAAUAGACGACUUUAUAAAUAACAAUAAACUUUUUAAUCCGCCUCCUGUUUUAAUAAAAAUCGCUGCUAGACAAUAUCCGGUAUCAAUACAUUUUAGUAGAAAAACAGUACAUUUAAAUUAUGUUGAAAAAUCAUUUGAAAUAGUUUGUAAAAUUCAUAGGAAACUUCCUUCUGGAGCUAUUUUAGUUUUUUUGACAGGUCAAGAUGAGAUAAAAUAUAUGUGUAAAUUGUUAUCUAGAACUUUUCCUCAAGAAAAAAUAAUGCAGUCAACAACUCGACUGUCUGUUAAAUUCCCUACAAAAGAAGGUUCUUUGGAAGCAGAAGAUAUAGAAUUUGAUGUUUUUAAUGAAGAUAAAGUUAAUUUAUUUGAAGAGGAUGAUGUCGAUAUGGAUAAUGAAGAUGAAUAUAAUUUUGAUAUGCCGCUUGAUACUUUAGAAAAUAUACCUAAUACUUUAAAAGUUGUUCCAUUAUACUCUUUACUUCCGACAGAGGAGCAACUUAAAGUUUUUGAACCUGUUCCUAAAGGGAUCAGGUUAUGUGUUAUUGCAACUAAUGUUGCUGAAACAAGCUUAACUAUUCCAAACAUACGAUAUGUUGUUGAUUGUGGGAAAGUAAAAGAACGUAUCUAUGAUGAAAUAUCUGGAGUACAAAGUUUUAAUAUCCAAUGGAUAAGUAAGGCAAGUGCGGAUCAGCGUUCUGGAAGGGCAGGAAGAACUGGUCCUGGACAUUGUUAUCGACUUUAUUCAUCUGCGUUUUUUGAUAGAGAAUUUUUAGUGUAUUCAAAACCUGAGAUUUUACGCAUGCCAAUUGAGGGCGUAGUUUUAAAAAUGAAGAGUAUGAAUAUUGAUAAUAUAUUAAAUUUUCCUUUCCCUACUCCUCCAGAAGAAAGCAGUUUAAAAAAGGCUAUAGAUUUAUUAAUGUUUUUGGGUGCUCUUGAUAAACAACAUAGAAUAACUAACCUAGGGAAAGUGAUGUCACUUUUUCCAUUGGCUCCAAGGUAUGCUAAAAUGCUUAUAAUUGGGCAACAGCAUGAAUGUCUUCCAUAUAUUAUUGCUAUUGUUUCAGCACUUUCCGUUGAUGAUCCUUUUAUGAGGAAAAAUGAAUUGGGAGAUUAUAAUAUUAAUGAAGAAACAUCUGAAGAAGAAAAUGAUUAUGAAAAAGAAAAUAAAUUGACAAAAAGGAGCAAAUAUAUGGAGUUAUGUAAUGCACAUAGGAAAUUUUGUGGUUUAGAUGGUACAAGUGAUAUAUUGAAGCUUCUUAGUGCAGUUUGUGCGUAUGCAUAUGAUGGAGAAAAAGAUAGUUUUUGCAUUAGCAAUUUUUUAAGGAUUAAAAGUAUGAAAGAAAUUCAAAAACUUCGACAUCAAAUUACAGAUAUAGUAAAAUUAAAUUUCCCGAGUGCUAUUCUAGGAUACAGCGCAAUUUUGAAUCCCCCGUCUGCAUUACAGAUUAAUGCGAUCAAACAAAUUGUGGCUGCUAGUUUUAUUGAUCAUAUUGCUAUCAGAGCAGAUUUAUUACCAAAUUCUAUACAAACUAAUUCUAAAUCUAAAAUUCUGUAUACGCCAUAUUUUACUCUAUUUCCUACAAUAUCAAAAUACAGUAAUUCUGCAGAAACUAAUGAUGAUCCUGCAGUUUAUUUGCAUUCAUCUUCAAUUAUGGCAAAUAUAACUGAUCCUCGUUUUUUUCCUAAAUAUAUUAUUUAUCAUAGUCUUUAUCGUUCUUCAAAUUCGUCUAAAAUCAGAAUAAGAGCUCUUACAACUGUAGAACCAAAUAAUAUUUCGGGAUUAGCAAAAUCAACACCUUUAUUAACAUAUUCGAAACCUUUGGAAUAUCCUUGUCCGCAACUUAUUCCUGAAUCUGAGGGAUUAAAGAGGAAAUGUUGGGUUAUUCCAAGAUUAUCUGCUAAUAAUGGACAGGGAAAUAAAAGCUGGGAUUUACCUCCUAAAUUAAUAACACAAAAAAGAACAGCUGGAUCUCGCUGGGAAAUUAUAGAUGAUUAA